AUUUUGUAAAGCAGAAUCAUUGACGCCUAGUAUCAUAUUCUUAGUGUACGUCGGGAGUCCAACCUUGCAGGGGCAGCUGGUUUUGAAGAGCUGGGGGAAAUGUCGCUGAAUGAGGAGGGGUUUGUAGUCCGAAUUCGGGGUCUGCCUUGGUCCUGCACGCAGGAAGAAGUAGCAGGUUUCUUCUCAGAUUGCAACAUAGUAGGUGGAGUGAAUGGUGUGUGCUUCACCUACUCAAAAGAGGGAAGGCCCAGUGGAGAAGCUUUUGUUGAGCUGAAAACAGCAGAGGAUUUCAAAAAUGCAAUCGCAAAGGAUCGUAAAUACAUGGGCCAUAGAUAUAUUGAAGUGUUUAAGUCGAACAGGAGUGAGAUGGACUGGGUCCUGAAGAGGUGUGGUCCCACUGACUAUGACAACUGCAGUGGGUGCAUGGUGCGGCUGCGAGGACUGCCCUUCGGCUGCAGUAAGGAGGAGAUAGUUCAGUUCUUUGCAGGGUUGAAAAUCGUGCCAAAUGGGAUAACAUUGCCGAUGGACUACCAGGGAAGGAGCACAGGGGAAGCCUUCGUGCAGUUUGCUUCAAAGGAGAUAGCAGAAAAGGCACUGGGGAAACACAAGGAAAGAAUAGGGCACAGGUACAUUGAGAUCUUCAAGAGCAGCAGGAAUGAAAUCCGGGCGUACUAUGAGCUUCCGCGGAGGAUGCUGGCUCAGAGGCCGGGACCCUAUGACAGGCCCAUGAUGGGUCGAGGAGGAUUUUUUGGGCCAGGGCCGGGCAGAGGUGGCAGUGGGGUUUUGGACCAGAUGCGCAGUGGAGGAGGAGGAUACAGUGGUGGUUAUGGUGGAUUUGACAACUACAAUGGCUUUAAUAAUUAUUGUUUUGGAAACGGUAUGUUUGAAGACAGAAUAAGAGGAGACAGAGGAAGAGGAAUGGGAGGUCAUGGGUACAGCGGGGCAGGAGACGCCAGCUCCGGGUUCCACAGUGGGCACUUUGUGCACAUGAGGGGGCUUCCCUUCCGGGCCACAGAGGCGGAUAUAGCCAAUUUCUUUUCUCCAUUAAACCCUGUGAGAGUUCACAUCGAUGUGGGACCCAAUGGAAAAUCUACUGGCGAGGCCGAUGUGGAGUUUGGAUCGCAUGAAGAUGCGGUAGCAGCCAUGUCCAAGGAUAAAAAUCACAUGCAACAUCGGUACAUUGAGCUGUUUUUGAACUCGACAGCCAGUGGAGGCUCUGAAAUGGGUAACAAUGGUGGCUAUGGGUCAGCGGGAAGAAUGGGGAUAUCUGGAGGAUACGAAAGUGGCUAUGCUAAUCCAGACAAUAUGGGUGGUUAUGGCCGCAGCGGAGGAUUCUAUGGCAGCUCGGGAGGCAUGGGGUCGAGAGGGGGCGGACUGCGGGGGAUGUUUUAGAAGAGGACAUCACUGUUUCUCCUCACAUGGACACAUCACUUUCAAACUCACAGUUCAAGCAUUUGAGCAGUUUUUUUGUAUUUUGAGAUGUUUUUCGUAUGUUCAUAUUUGAUGUUAGACUGUUUUAAGAUCUCAAAGACAGGACUUAAUCUUUGAGCCAUUGGAUAGCUAAACCCGCUAUUGUAAAUUUUGCUUCUUAUUAAAAUUUUAUAUUGAAA